CAAACGUUUUUAGGGCAAAAUCCUCCCUCCCUCAUCUCCUUCCUCCGGCUUUUCCCGCCAUGGCUCGAAUCGUCACGCGAGCUCUCCCUCUCGCUUCGAGAUCCUCUCAUCUCCUCCAAUCACCGAUCUCAACAUGGUCCCUUCCCUCUCAGCCGCUGAGAUCUCCGAUCUCUUCAUUGUCGUCAUCGCUGUCCCCGAUCUCUUCCCAUAUCUCGACCGGCUCGUUUGAUUCUUUGAGGAGAAGAAAUCAUGUCUCUGUGGGCUUGCGAGGGUUUCGAAAGACGAGGAGGCCGCAGGCGCCCAAGAGGAAAUCGAGGCCCAAAGAGAAGAAACUGGAGCUCGAAGUCAAGAUUUGCGUUGAGGAGGGGUUGCCUUGUGAUCCUCAAGUCAUGAAAAUUUCAGAAAUUUUGGCAGACGACGUUCCUUUGGCUAUGAAAGUUGCAUUUGAUGGUCUCAGUAACUCGGAGUACAAAACCCGAGACACUUCGAUAAGUGAAGUUGGUAGAUUUGACAAUGCCGAGCUAUCUUUAUUGCUCUGCAAUGAUGAUUUUAUGCAAAAACUUAAUAAAGAUUGGAGAGGUGUCGACGCUGCUACUGAUGUUCUUUCAAUGUCGCAACACAUUCCUCUGCUUGAUACUCCAACGUUAAUGCUUGGAGAUAUUGUAAUCUCUGUCGAGACAGCUGCAAGACAAGCGGAAGAGAGAGGGCAUUCACUUCUUGAUGAGAGUCGAAUUCUAAUGGUUCACGGCUUAUUGCAUCUUCUGGGCUUUGAUCACGAGAUAAGUGAAGAGGCUGAGAUCGAAAUGCAGAAGGAGGAAGAACAUGUUUUAAAAGGUCUUGGGUGGAAAGGCAAGGGUCUGAUUGCGAGUGCAUGUGAUGACACAACAAAAGAAGGUCCUGAUGUUUGAGAGUUUUUACAUGAGUAGCUAUUGAAGAUAUGGGAAAAGAAGGCAUCAGUCUCUGAUUUUGUGAACCAAAGUUCUGUCAUAUCUUCUGUUGAUGUGGAUAUUGAGCAUUAGUCAUGUUCGGUAAGUUUGAAUAGUAUUAAAUUUGUAAGAUUGAGGGUAUAACAAGAAACUACUUGUAAGCACUAGAGGAUAUUUGACAACUUGUGAGCACUAUGACAAGGCGGAAGCUCUGUCUGAUGAAACGGAAGUUUUAGUGAUGAAGACAAUGUUACAGAGUCCAUUUACAAGCAUAUGCAUUUUGAUGCUUAGCAUGGCAUGCUGACGCUCAAGCUUGAUCUUUUUUCCUUUUUUUUUCCUUUCUGUUUUUCUCCUUCAGUAUCAUUUCUUGUAAUUUCAGUCUGUAAUUGUAAAGUGUUGAUUAUUUGAAGCUAGGGGUACGAAAGGAGAAGCCUAUCCGUGCUGUUGAAUCGGAAAUUGUUUCUCCAGACGUUAUUAUAAGUUUACCGAGCUUUUUCUGA